AGAGCGCGUGGGUGUACCAUGUAAUCGGGCUGGUCCCAGACGCUGAGCUCAUGAAUAAUGUAGCUGCCAAAACUUUCUGCACCGCCCAAACUCUGAGAGUUUGGGGUAACUUUGUUUGGGAUACUCCGAGAGCCGCCACCAUUGCCAGCACUGCGGUGGAAAGUACGCAGCGCUUCAAGAUCAAGAUAAUGGGUAUGUAAAGAGGAGGGGGGAACCCUCUCUCGCCCUCUCCCUUUCAAGCAUCGCGUCUUGGUCCAUCCUGUAAGAAAGGCUGACAGAUCAAAAGCUUAGGAGCUUGGCCUCCUUCUGUGCAAGCGCCAGGGGAGGGAGGAAGCGUAGGUCAGGCCUGGAACGGAACGCUGCCGGACCUCCUGGAAGCUCCAGCGUUCUAAAUCAGAACGUUCACCGGACUUUCAACGUUCGAAGUCGGAACGUUCACCUUCUCCCACCCUGCACGGCCGCCGCCGCCGCCCAUCUCUCUCCCUACCCGGAUACUUAAUUCGAGUCUCAGGCCCCAUUGGAAUUCGGGGCAGCGAGACUGAGCUCUCCCUCCCGUGACAGCCGCGACUGCAGAUCGUUCCUUUCGUCCUUUAAAGGAGCUGCUUGCUUAGGGUGAGUUGUAGCAAACUUUUGGAAGCUGUUGUAGGGGAAGAGAGAGAAAAGUUGCAUAACUUUCCUUCGGGGCCUGAGUUAGACGUGCUUCAUCUGUUCUUGGAGAUCCAGUCGAGAUAAAGAUUCAGUUUUGGGAGGGAGGGGACAGCUGCCUUGGAUUUUGCCGCUAAAGCCGCCGGGGCCUUUGGGGAAAAGGAAAAAAACCGCAAAACAAACGAGCUUACUACGGUUCCGAAAAAUUUUGCUUGGGAACUACUUCGAAGAGUUUGUUUUUAGUUGCCCCGUCUCGGAGGAGGGCUGCCUUGUCUUUUAUGACUCUUACUCAAUAAUUGUUUUGGGGGAGGGCGGUUGGAAGUCCGCAAGACACUUUUUAGAGGGUGAAAUCCUGGCCUGCCUACUUUAAUUCGCUCUUGAUUCGUUACUCCCUUCCCACUUCCCGGCUCUGCGAGGGCUUCUUGCAAGGAAGUUUUUGCGGCGCGAGGUGCGACAAUGAACCCUGCUUCCGUCCCUCCCCCGCCGGGGCAGCAAGUGAUCCAUGUCACCCAGGAUCUGGACACCGAUCUUGAGGCCCUCUUCAACUCUGUCAUGAACCCCAAGCCCAGCUCGUGGAGGAAAAAGAUCCUGCCCGAAUCCUUCUUUAAGGAGCCCGACUCGGGCUCUCACUCCCGGCAGUCCAGCACCGACUCGGGCAGCCACCCGCCGAGGCUCAGCAAUGCCGCCGUCGGGGUCCACCACGUCCGCUCGCACUCGUCUCCCGCAUCCCUGCAGCUGGGCGCCGGGGCCGGAGCUACCCCGAGCCCGGCUCAGCAGCACGCCCACCUUCGCCAGCAAUCCUACGACGUGACGGACGAGCUGCCGCUACCUCCGGGCUGGGAGAUGGCGCUCACGCACACGGGCCAGAGAUACUUCCUCAAUCAUAUAGAGAAAAUUACAACAUGGCAAGAUCCUCGAAAGACGAUGACCCAGACACUGAAUCACAUGAGCCAUCAUCCUUCAGCUACUUCGACCCCAGUAACACAGAGAUCGAUGGCAAUGUCACAGCCCAACCUUGUAAUGAAUCAUCAGCAUCAGCCACAGAUGACGCCCAGUACAACUUUAUCUCAGCAAAGCCACCCUACCCCUAACCCUCAAGCUGGCUUAAUGAGCAUGCCGAAUGCACUGACUUCCCAGCAACAGCAGCAGCAGAAGCUGCGACUUCAGAGGAUCCAGAUGGAAAGAGAAAGGAUUCGCAUGCGCCAGGAAGAACUUAUGCGCCAGGAAGCUGAUUUGUACCGACAACUUCCCAUGGAGUCUGAGAACUUGGUUCAGACAGCGGUGAGCACUCCAAACAUGACACAAGACAUGAGGUCUAUUACAAAUAACGGGUCGGAUCCCUUCCUGAACAGUGGGCCAUACCAUUCCAGGGAGCAGAGCACAGACAGUGGCCUAGGCUUAGGAUGUUACAGCAUACCAACUACACCUGAAGACUUCCUCAGCAAUGUAGAUGAGAUGGAUACAGGAGAUAAUGUAGCACAGACUCCCAUGAAUAUCAACCCGCAACAGACCCGCUUCCCUGACUUCCUUGACUAUCUUCCAGGAACAAAUGUUGACCUUGGGACAUUGGAGUCUGAAGACCUGAUUCCCAUCCUCAAUGAUGUGGAAUCAGUCCUCAACAAGAACGAGCCCUUUCUCACCUGGCUGUAACCUAUCCCGCAACAUUUUCUUUCCCUCUAGAAAUUAAGGCAGAGUACCCUCCAGUCCCUCAGCUAACCAACCUGAUGCAUUACUGACUUCUGCCAGACCACUUUGUGUCAAUGAAUCUUGGUCUUGAGUUCACUGACAAUAACUUAAGUAUGAAAUAUAUACAAAUAUACAUAUAUAAAUAUAUAUAGAUAUAUAUCUAUUUUUAAGACAUAGAAUUACUUAUACACAUCUAUAAUUGUUCAUCUUUAUUUACAUAGAGAUGUUUUGAGGACAUGAGAGCAAUCUUUUUGCACUAUGUCUGAACUUAAAAUCAUUGGUUACGCGCAACAAUUUUAAUUAACCAAAAAAGAGAGUUGACUGAAAGAAACUUUAGCCUGUAGAAGGGUUCCAAAAAACCCCCUUACAUGUAAUGAAGUAGAGUGCAGUCCUACAGUUGCAUUUAUGACUGUACCAAAUGCUUGUUAUCUAUAUAAUCUGAGCUUUAAAAAUCAUUUAUUUUUGAGUAAACUCAUGCUGUGUAGAAUACACAGCAUAUUUUUUUUUAAGAAUUCCAUUCAGCAACAGGAUCUUUUUUAAAAAGCUUGCUAAAGCAUAAAAAUACUAUUUACAUAUUUUUUCCAAUUUCUGUAUGGUUUGUAGGAAAGACAUAUCUCCAAACUAAAAGUAAGUGAAAUAUUUUACUUACACUUUUUACAUUACUUCAGUAUUUUAAAAUUGACCAGGUUGGUACUAAUUGAUGCCAUUUUAAUGUGAUUACAUGCAGGUCAGUUUUUUAAAACUACAUUUUAUAUGUUAGCUGCUUAAAAUACACUACAGUUUUACAAUGGAACAUAAAAGCAAUAAACUUUCCAUUGUGUCAUAUAGACAUGAAAUAAAAACACAUUUUCUAAAUUCAGGGCAAAGACAUGGCACAGUUUGACAUCACUGAAUGCAUUAGAAAUUAAUUUUGUAAAGCCUCAUUAUCUUUUUUAAAUGAUUAUGUAUUUUGUUGAUGAAAAUAAAAGCUAGAAACAGAAGCUUUACUUUAUCCAAUAGUUGAUAAGCCAGCAUCUCUUUGUCAGUGAGGCGAAGAUGCUAAGAUUCUUAGCCAAUUGCAUGUUACUUCUGACAUAUGGGACACAAGGCACUAUAUCUGUUGUAUCCAUACCUAUUCUAUUCCUAUAAAGGAUGAUAAAAUAGCUAAUAUUUGGGACUGAGAAUGCAUCAAAGGCUUCAAAACCCUACUUCCCCUGAAAUGCAAAUGAUGUCCCGAGAUCCAUAAGUAUUUUAACUGAUAUUAUUUAUAUUCUAUGAAUUUUAAGCUUUUUUAUAUUGAAGAAACACAGUCCUUUUAUCGAAGGCAUUAUAACUAAUACUAGCCUCUUUACAUAAUAUGCAGGGCAAGCAAGGGACAUGGCUUCUUGCUGUGCUUCAGGUUCAGUACUGGGCAGUGGAUUGGGUUAUCUCCCCUUCCUUUCUUUUCAGUUGAGAAAAAGGCAGGUGAAAUGGGUGGGAGGUUGCCGUCAUUGGAAUAUGGGCUUGGAAGGAGAAAGGUUAUGGGACAAAAUACAGAUAAGGAUGCUGGAGAAUUAGAAGGACAGGCUAGGGGAGUUGCUUGUAUGGAGAACCACCACUGAUCAAUGAAAUGCCCGUGAAUACUAUUUUAUGGGAGAAUUAUUGCAUGAAGGUAGCUGUCCUGGCAGCACCAGGGUAGGUUGUGGGGUGGGGGGGGAACCACUUUCUAAAUGUGGAUGAUGAAAGAUCAAAAGCAAUGAUGUUCAAUGUUUGACUCAGAAAAAAGUGUGUGUGUGUGUGUGUGAGUGUGUGUGUGAGAGAGAGACAGAGAGAGAGAAAGAGAGAGAGACAGACAGACAGACACACACACACACACACAGAGAGAGAGAAAUACUGGAUGAGGUGGGUGAAAGACUAGGCGGUUAUAACUUUAGUUUGCUUUAGCAGAUCAUUGACCUGCAUAAAAUAUUUUCAGUCAAUGGGCAUUUUCUCUUUUGUUUUAAGUGUUGUCUUCUUUUUCUCUCAUAACACAUAGAAUUUAUUGUUAAGAGAGUAGUAAAAUUGUCUUUGAGCAAUAUUAUGGCAUUUUCCAUUAUUUACGUAUAUUGGCUGUAAAACAAAAAGCCAGCAGCCCUUAAGGUUGUUUUUUUCUCUCUCUAAGUUAUGUGAACAUUUUUUUUUUACUUUCUUUUUUAGAUACUCAGAAAACAAGACAGUUUUAAGGCCAGAUCAAAAUCUCACGUAAAUCAGUGUUCCUCAAGUUAAGUGGGGUUUUUCUCUCUUGCAAAAGGCAGAAACAAUGCCAUGAUUGUAUAGGAUCACUUGACAGUGCCUGGUAUUUUGAAUGUGAGGAUAUAUGAGCCAGCCAACUGUAUGUACAGUUACAAAGGAGCAUGCUGGGCUCAUAACUGGGAUAAAUCACUGAAAGGAUUGACUGAAGAAGGAUGGCUUAGUUCAAGGGAGGAUCUGGACCAAUAUGUUUACACUGAAGAGCCAGUUCCAACAUUUACAGUGCAAUCCUAUGCAUGUCUACUCAGAAGUAAGCCCUCAUGCAUUAUCUUUGGCUGACUCCCUAGCAAGCGUGUAUAGGAUUGCAGUUUUAAUUGCCCAUGGGAGGGGGUAAAGAAUUCUACAUGCCCAUUCGUGCAUCAAAAAUGCCCAUUAGCAAUUCUUUCCAAGUAGCAUGAACUGUACCUACAGGAUUCUGUCUCUUUUCUUUUUUGAAGAAGUGGUCCUAGAUUUUAGCUUAAGUCCAAAUAGCUAUCAUGUCAGGUGGCAGUUGCGUAGAAGGGACCGUUGUGAGGGCCGUACACUUUGUCUAUGUUUUGAUGGGGGCAUUCCAGCAAGGGAAGAGUGUUCCAUUAAGCCAUAAAACAGCUUCUCAAAAAUUGGCUGGGAGGCCAACUUCAGUCUCAGGUAAGCAAUGCCAUUUGUAGAGCACUACCAACAAUUUCACUUAGAUCUAGCAGAUCCCUCUGCAUAUGGGAAAAGAUCUCUGUAUCCUAGUAGUGCUACCUUCUUCUUAGAGAUCAGUGAAGGAUACCCACUUUUAUUGGCACACCUCUGGAGCUUUGGAUUGGAGGGACUAGGAAAGAAAAAUGUGGAGAACACGAGAGAAAGUGAUGGUGUCACACUUUGCUCAUGGAACUGCUCUUUCCUCAAUCUCUCUUCCUCAUUCCUUUUACAGGAGAGGGUAAAAUCCAAGAAAGAUAACAUUGGAUUGAAACACCCUGAGGUGCAUUUUGAUCAGUGAGGCCUGCUUGUUGAAGUCUGCAAUACUAAGCACAUUUACCUCUGCAGCUCAGUGGGACUUACUUCUGAGUCAACAUGUGUAGGAUUGUGAUGAAAAUGCAAAGAGUCUCUCCACUGGAGAGCUGAGCUAUACUGUGAUGGGGUUCAGUUGAGAAUCAGGUCUAUGCGUCAGGAAAAGGGGGCUUCUACAAGCCCGCUGAUAUUCUGUGCCUCUGAUUACAAAUAUAGUGACUGUCAGAGGUGCAAAUCAAACAACUAUUAUUGUAAAACUACCAGAUUUUUUUAAAAGUAAUGAACCAAAUGAUAGUGAAGAUGAAGGGAGGGGGUUGCUCUAACAUUUGCAGAAAUGGGGUGGGGGAGAAUCAGGACUUUGAUUACUUAGUGCAAUCCUAUUUUCAAAUACUUUGUAAAGCUUUGAGAUAGGUGUGCAAUGCAAACCUGAGCAGAGUUCUUUCUAACUGAGUCUAACGUUAAUUAUUUGACAAAAUGUCAGUGUAAGACGUUGGUUUGUGAAAUUUAUUAUUAUUAUUUUUUUUUACACAAAACUACUUCUUUCAACAAUGAAAAAAUAUGCUACUGGAGCAGAGAUACUGCUGAUCAGGGAUGCCAAAUGGUAGCAUAUGUCAAUGCUGAUUGUACUCAAGUGGUGUGUGGGGUGGGUGGGGGGUUGAUAACUUAUGAUCUGGGAGUACUGUUAGUUCAGUAGUUUUCAAACUGAGUUUGGGAGAACCUCUGUGAUUCCUCGGCAGCAGAUUGAGUUCCUUCAUGGGAAAAUAAUGGUGGAUGAGCUUUCCUGUAAGAGAGCUUGCUUGCCCACUGUACAGCAAAAGUCAGUAUAGUGUGGUGGCUAGAGAGUCAGACCAGGCUCAGCUCCCCACUCAGCCCUGAAACUGGGUCACCUUGAGCCAGGCAUUAGCCAAACCUAUACCUCACAAGAGUGUUGUGAGGGUAAAAGGAGGGAAAGUGCCAUGUAUGUCAUCAAGGGUAGCUCCUGGAGAAUAGAAUUCUAAAGCAGUAAGGAGCCAGUCCUUUGGCUGCUAGGCAAAAUCAGGGCAGCCAUAGGAUAUUUCAGAGCCUGCCCCUCUGACCUCAGGAAAUUGCUCCCCCAUCCUGCUCUUGCAGCCAGCGUGCAAGAACCACUCCAGCUGUGGCUCCAGCACUGCAAAAGCGACCUCAGAGAGGACUUUUGGGGGUGGGGAGGAGAGAGGCACUGCCGGCAUAUGAAGUGUCCUGCUGGUGCUCACACUCUGAGGCAAAACACCUAAAUGGAGGCAGCCAGCCAUGCUUUGCUAGGUGGGAGAAGUUUAGAGGUCACCUCUGCAUGCCUUCCCUGCAUAGGAUGAUCCUUGUCCUCCACGUUUGGCAGCUUCAUGGGAUUGUGCUGUAAAUAAAGAGAAUCCUUUUCCCAGUAAGAGAGGAGUUUUAGAUUUGUUUCCGGGUUCAGUUGUGACUCAUGUGAGGUGCUAAUGAAGUCCAACAGGCCUGGUCAGUGCCUUGUGUUAACAGUGUGGGAACACACAAAUGUCCCCCACAAAUCUUUGGCAGUGCAACGAGGUGCCAUGGCAGUUUUGCAGUGGCUUCUCAAUAGUGUGGAAAGGGUUCCCUGAAAACAGAAGUUUGAAAACGGCUGUAUUAUUGGAAAAGAUAGCUUUGGGAAAACAAAUGCUGUGUCUUUUAUAACUUGGGGUGGGGGUGGGGGGGGGUUAAAUAUUUGUUUUCAGUAAGGGAAACUGGUGAUGAAACAAAGGUUUCUUUUUUCCUAAUAUACUACAUCCAUGUUAUGUGCUAAUACUUUAAUACUUUUUUAAAAUUUACAUCAGUUUGUUAUGCUAUAUGCCAUCUUGUGUGAGCAUUUGUUUUCAAUGUAGAAUAAUUUGCAUACAUAAGGUAUGCUUCAAAACAGAUCAGAUCAAACAGUUGUACCCAGAGUUUGGUUCUGGUUUUUUGUUUUGUUUUUUUUAAAUAUUUCUUUAAUAUUGUACAAAAUAAAGAAAUAAAGUGGAUUUAAUCAUCCUGGCUA